UUCAAACCAAGACUGACAGUAGAGGAACAAAACAAUUAACAAUCAACAAUCUGGAGGCAACUAAGUUCUCUGAGAAAAAUGAGAGCUGGACGAGUUACCUAUGGAACCAGCUUCUUAUUAACUGGGUCUUUUUAUAAAGUCUGUUGACCCAGAGUACCUGUAUAAUUACAAAAGCCAGAGAGGCUCCAGGCAGCACCUGACAAUGGAAACAAUGGAAACAUCGUAGACUCUGUGUGAGGGAGAUGACAGCCCCAGGUGGGCAGGGGUAUUUUGAAUCAAAUGCCUGGGUGCCAGUUGGGUGGGCAUGUGGAUGGAACUCUGGUCAUGAUUGGCUCCUGGUAGCCAGGUGACACAGGAUGCAUUCCAGUUGGCAGGUGCUGGCCUAGCGCUUUCAGUUGGUUGGAGGUGGCUGAAGGAGGAAGAGCUCUGACCUGCUAUCUGGCAGUGGCUUUGGCUCUUAGCACUUUAAGUAAUUGGAUCACAGCCCCUCAGAAGACCAGUCAACUUGGGGGUUUGGGGGAGGGUGGCCGAGGGUAGGGCCAGCCUGCUGGCCAGAGGGCAGGUGAAAGAACAGCAGUCUGCCUCUGCAUUGCUGAGCUGCUCAAGUGGGGCCGAGCCAAGGUUCAGUGGUGCCCCAUGGGGAACAUUCUGACCUGUUGUGUGGCCCCCAAUGCCAGCCGCAAGCCGGGCCGGCGCAAGGGGACAGUGGAGCCAGACUACGCGUCUGAGAUCUAUGGAGCAGUGGCUGGAGAUGCAGGGGCACAAGCACCUGCCUCCCAGGAGACCGAGGAGUUUCUCAUGGGAACCAGGGAUGGCUGCCACCUGCACCACAUCAGUGACCGGGAGAUGCCCCAAGGUGCAGCUCUGGAAUCAAACCCUUCUGACCUUCCAAGUGCAAGGACAAUUUUCCUGAACAAAUUUCAAGCAUAUGUGCAUGAUCAGAAGGAGAGCACCUAUUUCAACCAUGUGUCUCCAGGGCAGCUUCUGAGGAUGUACAGCUCCUGCUCCACGAUAUUUCUAGAUGACAGCACACUCAGCCAGCCCAGUCGUAGGAACAUGGUGCAGUGUGUGACCUUAGCAGUAUAUUACCACAUAAAGAACAGGGACGCAGACAGAUCCCUGGGUAUCUUUGAUGAGCGACUGCAUCCACUCACAAGAGAGAAGUUUCCGGAGGAAUACUUUGAGUAUGAUCCUGAACACAAAUGCAUUUACAGAUUUGUUGCUGUUAUUUUUAAUGCUGUGUGGUUACCAGCUGAAUGUGCAAUAAUAACUUUGGUCUACUUGGAAAGGCUUCUGUCCUAUGCUGAGAUAGACAUCUGCCCUACCAACUGGAGAAGGAUUGUCCUGGGAGCCAUUCUUCUUGCCUGCAAGGUCUGGCACGAUGAGGCUGUGUGGAAUAUGGACUUCUGCCGGAUCCUCAAGGAUGUUACACUUGAGGACAUGAAUGAGCUGGAAAGGCAGUACUUGGACCUGCUUGAAUUUAAUGUUAAUGUGUCUGCCAGUGUGUAUGCCAAAUACUACUUUGACCUCCGCUCUUUAGCAGAUGAAAACAACAUGUAUUUUGUGUUUGCACCUCUCACCAAAGAGCGAGCACAGGACCUAGAGGCCAUGUCACGAUCGUGUGAAGACAAAGACUUGUGCAGAGCUGCUAUGAGAAGAUCUUCCAGCGAUGGCAAUUUCACCGGCAUUGGACUGACCAAUGCCGUCCUGUCCUAAGAGGGAGAAAUGGGGGCCAUGACAUCACGGACCCCUCACGUGCAAAGCUGGAGAAGUUCUGUCCCUCUUGCUAGAACAACAAGAACAAGAAGAACAAUCACAGUCACAGAAACAGCAAAGUUAGUAUUUUCCCCACAGCCCCUCCCGGACAGUGACAGCCGCGCUGCACGGAAGGAGCGGCAUCGUCAAAGCAGCGACUCACUUCAGUCCUCACCGGUGUGAGCAGAACUGCCAGGGCUGCAAAGCACAAGCUCCUGGCUCACACAGGCCUUUGCUUACUUCACCGGCCAAUGCUCGUGAGCCCUGUGGGGCUUUUGAAUUGAGUUUAAAUUUAAACUAAUUUAAGAUUUUAAUUAUUUUUAAAAUCAGAUUUAAAACACUACCCAUAUAAUUGUAUGUUUUUCUACUUGCCCCUUCCCAUGUUGCUGCGUAUGCCUUUAGGAUCGAUACAGUAUUACUAUUAAAAUGUGGGGAUCUUUUUCAUCGCCCGGUUCCGGGAAUGAAACCCAGGGUAUUAGCCAUGUCCUCCUAGCAGAUUCUCUCCCACUGACUCCCCCACCAGCCCCCAAAUGGGAGUGUUGUGCAGGGACACCGCUGAGGAAUAGGCUGUAGAACUGUCGAGGGCUGAAGGCUCUUCCGCCUGUGCUCUCGUCGAGUUGCUAGUCAUAAUUGUCAGUCACUUUAAACCCAGGAGCUGGCGGAGGACACCUGCCACUCAUGUCUUUUGCAAGCAUGACUUAGUAGCGUUGUGACAUGUUUGUGGUCCUAAAGAGAAAUCAUCGGUUUUUGACUCUUUCUAUGAAGUCCAUGCUGCAUCUCAUGAACCAUGAGUGGUGACUCAUUUUCUGAUGAACAUCCUCUUGUUAAGUAAAUAUAUUAGAAGGUAUUUUCGUGGUACAUCCCAACACGAGGGCCAGUGAUCAUAGCCAGUAGUAAGAUUCAGGGUGUCCCAAAGUGUCAGCGCAGUUCUAAGCCACAGACUAAUAUGCCUGUGCCUUCCAGGGCGCUGCAGCAGGUGCAAAGGCUGCAAGCUUUUACCAAAGAGUAUGUGAAAGUUUCAGUUUUGCAAAUUUGGAAUAUUAAGCUUUUAUUCUUAAUGUUUUCUAGUCUCUCAAAGAGAUUAGGAGGAAUUGGAACAAAAAAUUACAAUUAAAAGCUUAAUAUUAUACAUUUACAAAAUUAAAUGGUGAUAUUUUAGAUGAUAUUUUAUAACAUUGCAGCUUCUCUACUUCUCCUGGCAUCAACGCUUAAAAUUACACCAAGAUUUUUGGAUGCUUCGUAUUGCACAGUUUCCCUCAUGUGUUUAAAUAGUUCUUUGAGGGCCGAACAGUAUCUGCUUUGAUUGCUUAGAUUUUUCUCUAGGUUUGGUGAAGGAAGAAUUUUAGGACCAGCGUUAAUUCACAUGUAAUAAAAAGGAAAUGGACCCCAGUAGCAGCAAGUGAUACAAAAGUUCCUUCUAAAGUCCAGCCUGCAUUUCAGGUCGCCCCAUUUCAAGUCCUCCUAUUUAAGAGGGACUUACCUGAACCUUAGGAGCAUUGCUGAAGGCUUCGAAGGGCAGAGACGAAUUUGAGGAGAUUUACAACAAUGUUCCCUAAAUUUGAAAUAUUAAAAAAUCAGUGCUCUUGCCAUGUGAAAUCGAUUUUUCUGCCUUUUCAAAUGUAACCCUAGGAAUCUUGCCUGUAAUGAAGCCCUCGUGGGCUAGGAAUACUUUCCCCCAGUGUUGCACUGCCUCACACAACUGCAUGCUGCAGUUUCCACCAUUUUGCACAAGAGAUGUAGGUGACACUCAAUGGCACAGAAGUACCACAAGCUACCACUGCUAAAGAAGUGUUUAUGGAAUUUCAAGCUGGAAGAUUUGAGUGUUAUUUUGAAAAAAAUGCU